AUGUGCUCCCCUGUCUCACGCUUCAGGACCGCCCUGAAAACUGGGAGGCCCAUGCAAGCCCUGGGUAACAUGUGUUUGCAGGCAGUGGAUCCACAGGACAAAAAGAGUGGUGCUGUUUGUUUUGGGUCAGUGAAAAGACUCAUGUUUGGUUUGGAUGAGCCGCAGAAAGCUAAGCGCUCCAGGACUAUGCCUGUGAAAAGACCCUCAAGUCCUGUGAAGAGUUUUAACCAGUCUGACAGUCUGAAUGAGUUCCUUCAGGCCAUUCGAGACUCCAAAGAUACAAAAGCCAAGCGAACACAGAAACCAAGCCCAAAGGAAGCAGAGAAAACGCUGGUAAAGGCUGAGCAAGUUCUCUUCAAGAGCAGUGAGAGCUCGCUGAGGGAUCAGGUGACAGUGAGAGCCAUGACAUCACGUUCAAAGCUGCAGGGUCUCAAUGGAACAUUUCUGAAACAGUCCAGUGGUGUUACUCCCAAAUGUCGCUCCAGUGAGAAUGAGAAAACAAAUUUGUUUACGCUGAUUACAAAGCAGAAGGUGGAUGUGACUGAUGGAGAGCAUGGGGUCUCUCACAGUGGCAGUGAGACUGUUGAGAAAGAAGACUGUGUCUUGCGGUGUCCUGUCACUGAUAAGAGACCUAUGAAGAAUGAAGGUCAUGUUGUGGACGGCACAUCUGUCCCAGAGGACGAACUCAGCGCACUGAAUGACAGCUGGUUUGAUGAGAAAAUGGAGCAAAACUCUGGAGAACCUAAACACAAGAAGUCAAACUCCAAAAAGAAAGAAAGCAUUCCAGGCCACGUAAUCCUGGCCACUGGGCUGUAUAACAGGUACUGGGUCCUUGAUGUGAAGGAUAUUGAAGGAUCGCAAGACUGCACAGAGAAACAUCUCACUGUCACAGCCUCCAAGACCACUGAGCCUGCUGAAACUUGCAUCCUCAGAGACGGCUGGGAGUCCAGUCCAGUGUCUGUGGGAGACAUUGUUCACCUGGAGGGGACGUGUGUGUCUGGAGUCUGGCUUAUUGAUGGGGAGUCUGGGUUUCUCGUUGUCUUGCCUGAUAUGCUCAUAUCGGGGACCAGCAUAGCCAGCAGCAUCCGCUGUCUCAGACGAGCAGUAUUAGCAGAGAUGUUCAAGGCUUUUGAUGGUGGGUCCAGGCAGAUGCUAAACGGUACCAUAGUUCACGAGAUCUUCCAGAAAGCAGCCAAGUGUUUGGAUUUCUCACCGGAGACAAUUCAGCGUCUUGCCACUGAAACUCUGCACAGCCCAGACUACCUCAGUCAAAUGUAUGGUCUGAAUCUAACUCAGGCUGACAUGAGACAGGAAGUGGAGGAAUAUCUCCCAUCACUGUCUAACUGGGCCAGUGGUUACCUGCAGAGCUCACCAGAGGCUGGCCAGAAACCACUGACACUCAAACUGCCCAGUGAGGGGACCCUGAGCAGACAGGACACGACAUGCACAGUCGCAGUCACAGAGUUUGUCGACAUUGAGGAGAACAUCUGGUCUCCACGGUUUGGGUUGAAAGGGAAGAUCGAUGUGACUGCAGGCGUGCGGAUCCAGCGAAGGGGCAGAGCUCGUCUGGACCGGAUCAUGCCACUGGAGCUGAAGACUGGCAGGGAGUCCAACUCCAUUGAACACCGUAGUCAGGUCAUCUUGUACACAUUGAUGAGCUUAGAGCGACGUCCUGAUCCCGAGGCGGGACUCCUGCUCUACCUCAAGACGGGGAAUCUCCACCCUGUGGUGGGAAAACACUUGGACAGGAGAGAACUCAUUAAACUGAGGAACUUGUUGGCCCAUCACCUUGGCAACAGCCUGGUUACCAUGGAGGGGAAGACACACAUGGCGCCAUUACCGCCUGUCAUAUCAGACAGUCAGGCCUGCAGGCACUGUGCCCAGAGGAAGAUGUGUGCUGUUUAUAACCGGGCAGAGGAGCAGGCUGCAGGGCAGAGCCCCUCGGAGCCUGCUCAGACCUUUUUGCAGGAGGAGACCCAGCACCUCCUCCCAGCUCACCUCCACUACUUCAGCCACUGGCUCCUCCUCUGCACCAUGGAGGCCUCCACCAUGGAGAGGAAGGGAGGCAGACAGCACAUCUGGCUUCAGUCUGCCCGGGAAAGGGAGCAGACGGGGGGCUGUGUGGGGAACAUGGUGAGGACUGGGAUGGUUUCCACGCUCUCUGAGGGGGUAUACAGCCACAGCUUUGAGAGGAGGGGACAGGACCGUGGGGUGGCCGGAAUUAUCACAGGUGACAGGAUCGUUGUGAGUGACCAGGAUUCAAAGGUCAUCGGCAUAGCAACGGGUUAUGUCACAGGGGUCACGAGCAGUGGAGUUAAAUGUUCACUGGACAGGAAUCUAUCCAGGUAUCCUGCUGACACCGUGUUCCGACUGGACCAGGAUGAGGGAGGACGUGGUCUGAGCAGUCACCUCAGAAACUUGUCCAUGCUGAUGGAGAACUCCCCAACCAGUGGGAGACUAAGGGAGUUAAUCGUGGACUUCAGGCCUCCUGAAUUCAUAGAGAAUCUGAGCAAUGUGUUACCCCGAGACGCUAAGGACAUAGUCGCCAACAUCCUCAGAGGGCUGAACAAACCUCAGAAACAGGCCAUGAAGAAGGUCCUACUGUCUAAAGACUACACACUCAUCGUCGGUAUGCCUGGCACCGGAAAAACCACCACCAUCUGUACACUGGUGCGUAUUCUCCAUGCGUGUGGCUUUAGCGUGCUCCUGACCAGCUACACGCACUCAGCCGUCGACAACAUCCUUCUGAAGCUGAAGAAGUUUAAGAUCGGUUUCCUGAGACUGGGUCGGGUGCAGAAGGUCCACCCAGACAUUGUGCCUUUCACAGAGGACCAGUGCCGGGGAGAGGGGAUCCAAACCGUGGCAGAGCUUGGGAACCUGUACAAUAAAGAGUUGGUGGUGGCCAGCACAUGUAUGGGUGUGAACCACCCCAUCUUCACACGCCGUCGGUUUGACUUCUGCAUCGUGGACGAGGCAUCCCAGAUCAGCCAGCCUGUGUGUCUGGGCCCGCUCUUCUUUGCCCAGCGCUUUGUCCUGGUCGGAGAUCACCAGCAGCUGCCGCCCAUCGUCCAGAACACAGAGGCCAGAGCUCUGGGUAUGGAUGAGAGUUUGUUUAAGCGUCUUGAGCGUCACAGUCAUGCAGUGGUACGGUUAACUGUCCAAUACAGAAUGAACCGUGCUAUCAUGGCUUUGAGCAAUACCCUGAUGUAUGAUGGGAAACUGGAGUGUGGCUCGGAGAAGACAGCCAGUGCCACGCUGCAACUGCCAUCCAGAGAUGUGGCGUGGCGCGAGGUGGAGGAGUACGUGUGUCAGCCUGAAUACAGCGUCUGGAUACAGUCUCUGCUGGAACCAGACAACCCUGUGUGCUUCCUAGACACCUGUCAGGUUCCUGCUACAGAGAUAGUGGAGACAGGUGGCGUCAGUAAUCCCACAGAGGCCAAACUGGUCCACGCUAUCAUCAGCCUACUCCUCAAAGCAGGUUGCCGUGGUGCUGACAUUGGGGUCAUUGCCCCCUACCGACAGCAGCUGAAGGCCAUCUCAGGCCUGCUGGGGGCGCCAGCGCUCAGAGCUGUGGAGGUCAACACCGUGGACAAGUACCAGGGCCGAGACAAGAGUGUCAUUAUAGUGUCGUUCGUCAGGAGUCAUCUUGAUGCAAAUUUGGGAGAGCUGCUGAAAGAUUGGCGCAGGCUGAAUGUGGCUGUGACCAGAGCCAAACACAAACUCAUCAUGUUGGGUUGUGUCCCCACACUGCGACGCUAUGCACCACUGGAGAAACUUCUGGACCAUCUUCGGCGGGAGAACAUGAUAUCCCAGCUACCUCCAGCCGCCCACGAAGCACUACCCGUCGUCCACCUGUGAUCCUCAGUUUUCGUCUGCCAUCUUAAGGUUUCAUGCCUGUGAUUCUCAGUUUAUGUCUGUGAUCCUAAGUUUAUGUCUGUGAGCCUCAGGAUCCAUUGUGGUCUUAAGCAUUGACCUGUGAUCCUUAGUUUAUAUCCAUGAUCCUCUGCAUAGAUCCCUGAUCCUGAGUUUACAUCUGUCAUAUUAGGACCUUUGGACCAUACCAGUGUGUCACUGGUCAAUAUCUUACCUC